AUGCACUGGUGGCACUCUCUCUUCCAGCUCUCGCUGCUGGCCUCAACCGCCCUCCCCGCCGCCGCCGCAAGCUGGGGGUUCACUGAUGCCACCGUGUCAGUUCAGACCAAGGGCGCCGGAGUCGGCGCUGGAUUCAAGGAAGAGAUUCCUCAGAACGGCGUCCUCUCCUCCCCCGUCCCCCUCGGCAAUGCCGAUACCCUCAAGGUCGCCUUGACCGCGCAGGAAGGAAAGUCGGCCAAGAGCGCACACCAGGUCUUUUUGCUUCUGCAAGACCCCAACUCCGGACUGGACAUUUCUUACCCCUUCGCCGUCAAGGGCAAUGGCAAAUCCCGCGUUGAAUUGACAUGGAAAGACCUCCCCACCCAAUUCCUCUCUACCUCCGACCCUCUCGAUGCCAGAAUCCUGAUCGGAUCAUUCGGAGACUCCGCUGCCUACAACCAGCCCGCGUUUCAGCUAUCUCUCGCCCGCAACCCGGAUGAGCCUGUCCCGACGUUUGAGGUCUCGCGCUACGGACAGCUCCCGGAAAUCCACCACAUCUUCAAGCAGGACGCUCAGAGCCCGCCGUUUGUCAUUACACUUGCUUUCGUCGCGAUCGUGCUGGCCAUCUUUCCCGUUCUCGGCGGCCUGUGGCUCUAUCUCGGCGCCAACAUCAACCACCUCCCCGUAGCGAUCAAGUCGGCCCCUAUCCCUCACGCGGUGUUUCUGGGUUCUCUCAUCGCUAUUGAAGGAAUCUUCUUCCUGUACUACACUUCCUGGACCCUGUUCCAGAUUCUCCCGGCCGUUGCUGCCGCUGGCGUUGUCGCAUUCAUUAGCGGUAGCCGUGCGCUCGGCGAGGUUCAGGGCAGGCGUCUGGCCGGUCUCCGCUGA